AUGGCGAAUGCGAGAUUACUUACAGAUGAAGCUACCGAGGAGAAAGGAGAUCGUGAAUCAUUUGUUGGUGCUAUGGGUGAUCUUGUCGGAAAGCUGAGAGGACGGACCUGUCGGCUAGUGAAAAUACUGAAGAAGUAUGACAAGAGAACAGGAGCACUUAUCAGACAGCCCUUCAUCGAAAAGGAGUGUGUGGCUAUGCUCGACCACCUCUUCCCCAGCAACAACCUGUCAAUUUCAGCAGAAUGCGACGGACAAAAUGGAGUGCCAAAGCCGGCACAAUCAGGUGGGAGGGUUCUGGAGUUGGAGGAGAUUAAAUAUAUGCAGAGCUUAUACAUGAAGAGCACUGUAGCAGCGCUGCGGUCCUUGAAACAGAUUAGGAGCAAAAGUUCAACAGUCAAAACAGAUUAG